AUGGGACCCGUAUUAUGUCAAGUGAUUAACACCGGUAUAGACCUAAUGGACGCACACGACGACCAACUCAUCAAUUCAUGCAAAAGUAAAAUAUAUUCCGAUGUAAAUGAAUGUAUGAGAGAUGUCCACUGGGAUCAGUACCCUGAUACAACCACUGACCAGGGGGAAAUGUACAUCAGAGGAGGCGAGCAAGUACCGGGUAGACCAUAUAAACAGGUUUGCUUGCUGAUGCACCAAGUUAUAAUAACAAUAUCAAAAAACUCCUCCGAAGGCAUUUAA